AUGGCGUCCCCACCAGAUAACGACAGCUCUAUUCCCCGCAGCGAAUCACCCACCAGAUCCCCGCGCUCAGCUUCCAUAUCGCUACAAGCUGCUGCUACCAUGAAUGCUGGACUCCAACACGAACAACCACAAAGAUCUUCUAGCUCCUUCUCCCAAACCGGCCGACGACGAUCAACAGUCCUAAUGAACUUGCAACUCAACGACCCAGCCGUGCCAUCACCAGGCGAGAUGGUCAACGAACAAUCUACAUCUGGAUCUGGUCUUCCAGUCGCCAGUCCACAGCCUAUUUCUGGGUCGCCUCUUAUGGGUGAUCCUCAUCAUCACAGAGCGCCUAGUUUGGGUGAACUACAUCAGGAAUUAGAGGCCGAGCAGGAAGCUCAUGUGAAUCGUCUCCUUGUGAUGAUCCGACAGCAACAACUAGAGCUCCAACGCCUCCAAGCUGCCAACCCCAAUAACCAAAACCAAAGCUCCGCCGUAGAAGACAGCAGCGCCAUCUCCGAACGAUCAGGCCACGGGACUCCUCACGCAUCCACCUCCCACGUCUCGAUCCCUCCUGUUCCUACCGGUGGCUCAGGCUCUCGCUCCAACAGCCAUCGUCACCCCCGCAGCUCCUUCGACCUUGCCCGCGCCGACCUCCAGCGCCGCUCGCGAACACCGAGUCGCAGCGGCGCAUCUCCUAGACUCCGCGCAACGUCCAUAGGUGGAAAUAGCGAGGACUGGGUCCUGGGCGGUCGGGAUGAGAGUGCGUUUUACCAGGCUGAGACUCAGAUGCUUGUCCGAGAGAACCAGAUGCUUCGUCAUCGGGUCCGAGAACUAGAGAAGCAACUGACUGAUGUCGGAACUGGUUCGCCGGUUGCUCACGAGCCACCCCACCACUCACACUUGACGAGAUCUUCUACAGCGGCAGACAAGGAGGACGACAAGCCUGCGACUGAAGAGGUCAAGGAAGCUUGA